AAGAGGGAUUCCUUGGUUUAAUGCUUACAGCGUUAUUGACCAAAAACCAAAAACACGAUUACAGCGUCAGAAAGCUGGACGGAUUGAAGAAAUUGAAAAGCAUUGGUGUCAAAUCCCAAACGCAUAGCAUAGACUUCUCAAUCUCAAUUGAUCAGAUUCGACGAAAUUAACAUUCAAUUUUUGUUGAUUCGGGCAUCAUGAGUUUCAUCUUCGGAAAAAAGAAAACACCCGCAGAACUUCUGCGGGAAAACAAGAGAAUGUUGGAUAAAUCAAUUAGAGAAAUAGAACGAGAGAGACAGGGUUUGCAGUCACAAGAGAAGAAACUGAUUUUGGAGAUAAAGAAAAGUGCCAAACAAGGCCAGAUGGGAGCUGUUAGAGUGAUGGCAAAAGAUCUUGUUAGAACAAGGCAUCAGAUUGAUAAGUUUUAUAAGCUCAAGUCACAGCUCCAGGGUGUCUCCCUCAGAAUUCAAACUUUGAAGUCAACACAUGCAAUGGGUGAGGCAAUGAAAGGUGUGACUAAGGCAAUGGGACAGAUGAAUAGGCAGAUGAACUUGCCGUCUUUGCAGAAAAUCAUGCAAGAAUUUGAGAGACAGAAUGAGAAGAUGGAAUUGGUGACAGAGGUGAUGGGAGAUGCAAUAGAUGAUGCUUUGGAAGGGGAUGAGGAAGAAGAAGAAACAAAAGAACUAGUGAACCAGGUUCUUGAUGAGAUUGGAAUUGACAUAAACCAAGAGCUUUUGAAUGCUCCAUCUGCAGCUAUUGCUGCCCCAGCUGCAAAGUCUAAGGUCCCUCAAGUUGAAACUACUGGGAACGAUGAUGCCGCCAUAGAUAGCGAUUUACAAGCAAGGCUAGACAAUUUAAGGAGAAUGUAAUCUUCGUUCUGGUAUACGGACUCCAGUUUUGCUGGGAAAACUGGAGCUCAUUUGUAACAAGCUGUAUCAUAAUUAAUAAUUUGUGCAAAUUCAUGAUUAUGAAUGCAUUGGUUUUUUUUUUUUUUCCUUAAAUUCCCUUUUUUUUAUAUCAGUGUUGAUAUGCUAAGCCGUGCGUUUUUUUGUUAACAUUUAUGGGGCCAAAUUUUAUUCUCACGACCUUUUGCAAAUUAUUCAGACUCCUUUGGUUCUC